AUGCUCGAGGAGUACAAGAAGUCGGCCGAGAUUGUCGCGAUUAAGGCAAUCGAAGAUUCUGCACAGCCUCUUCGGGAAGGAGUUGACCCUCCUUCGAUGACCGGAAGUGAGGCUUUAGAAGGCUCAACUGCUACUGACUCGACAACAACAUCCUCUACUGCGGUCGCUUCAACAACUUCAACGAGUGCGGCACAAGCAAAAAGGAAGGAAUCGAUCGUGACUGCUUCGUCGAAGAGCAUGGAGCCGAUUGUCAUAGCUUCGUCGACGGAGCAAAGCGAGAAGGAGCUAAAAGUGGAUGCGCCCUUCUUCAGA